AUGCCCACGCUUGGCACCCAGGCUGUCAAAACGGGGCUCAGGCCCGCCACGCCUGCCCGCCUAGAGCGCCGGCAGAACAUCGAGCGGGCCCGCCCGGAGCGGCCCAGACACUUCCGGCUCGAGUCCGGACUGCGCGGGCCAGAGCGGCUCAGCCACUUCCGGCUCCAGCCCGGCUGGGACCAUAGAGCUACGGAGAGAGGAAAGCCUAGAGAGACGCCCUGUGCUGAGCUCCUGGCAGCAGAAAUCUUCCGUUGCUCCAUCCCGGGAGAAGCCAUGGCGGAGCACGGCGCUCACCUCACGGCGGCCUCCGCCUGCGAGGACAGGCCGUCCAUCUUUGAGGUGGUGGCGCAAGACAGUUUGAUGGCCGCCGUGCGGCCGGCUCUUCAGCACGUAGCCAAGGUGCUGGCCGAAUCCAACCUCGCCCGCUACGGCGUCCUCUGGAGCUGGGUUGACGAAAUCUACGCCCUCCUGGACCUCCUCCUGCAGCAGCACUACCUGUCCGCGUGCAGCGCAUCCUUUGCCGAAAACUUCUACGGCCUGAAGCGGGUGGGGCCGAGAGGCAGGAAGCCGCGGCUGGCUGCUGCCGGCCUGCCCCAGAAGCCCCACUGGAAAUCGCUUGGCCUCUUGGUGCUCCUCCCGUACCUGAGGACCAAGCUGGAGAAGCUCAUCGCCCACCUCCGGGAGGAGGAGGACUAUUCCAUCCACCCGCCCUCCUCCCCAUAGGUUGGGGCUGCACAACUGGCAUUGUAAUCCAGCUGGUUUUGGACUCCCGUCAUCCCCAGUGGCCAAAAGGGAUGAUGGGACUUGUAGUCCAACGUCUGGAGACUGGAGACGUCUGGCCUUGAGGGUCUGCCACAACCAUCCCUGUUGGUUUCCCUACCACACACUCGCCAAAUGACCCCCGACAAAUCCCAGAGGGGUUGGAGUGAGUGUUUCAAAAGGCCAAAGCUCGCUUGGAGUGACACUACAUUUCUGCAGCCUUCCAUUUUUUUUAAAAAAAAUAAAGGGACGCCAUGUACGAACACCCCUCUCAGCUGCCUGGCUGUUUUGGUUCUAUUAGUGCAUCAUCACUUGAACAAGGGACUGCCAAGUAUAGAAUUUAUUAAAAAUGGCUUUAUCAAGAGCG